AUGGCUGCUAGGCGGGCCUAUUCCUCGGUGGCAGGCCAGCCGGCUCGGAACUCUGAGGCUUUCCCAUCUGGCGGCUCACAAUUGACUCGACCGUCCACAGCCGUCCCAGUUAGGGCAAAACCGAAAAACGCUACUACUACUACUACUACUUGCAUAUCAAAUCUAGUUGAAUUCCUCAGCGACACAGGUUACGAGGGCCAGGUAUCCCUAAAAGCGCUCCAAAGCCCAAGUCAAAAACUGGUUUUUUCAAUUUUCUCGCAUAUAAUGAAUCACUUCGCUCCCAACUACUUCAUACCACAGGAUAAGGUGGCCUUCGAAGACUACUUUGUCAACACUUUGAAGUCCUUUGGCUAUCCCGUGGCGUUGAAGCGAAGUACCGUUACAACUCCGGGAGCUCCACACUCUGCGUCACAGAUCCUAGCUGCGCUGGAUUGGCUCCGUAACGAACUCUCUACCUGUGUAUCCAAAAUGGAUGAAAUUCAUUUCAUCACCGAAAACGAGGCCGGACCAGUAGGUAAACUGAUUUUUGAUCUCUUGCUUGACUGUGUCGCUGCGAAUACCGUGGAGCCAUCGGCUGAAGCUCGCGAGCAUUUUGAGACAGCGUGCGCAUGCAGUUUGAGGUGUCGACCGGAGGACGUGGCGGGACUAGAAGCGGAGUUGGUGGAGAUGGAGAACCAGCCCUCAUCAGCGAACCUCAUCCAACAGGAGCGCGACCUCCGCUGUCGCCUUUCCGCCACUGAGCGCGAGUUGGCUGAGCAGAGCGACCACCUACAGCAUCUGCAGUCCCUCCUGCCUGAAGCAGAGAAAGUUCGUGAUCAGGUUGGCGAAGUGGCCGCUGAGGUGGAAAAGUUGGAAAAUCUUGUUUCAUCACAACGGGCUAAGUUUGGGGAUGUCGUUACCACUUAUCAGCGCUUAGUGGAGCACUAUCAGCAACGUGUUCGUGUGAAGGAAGAGCUGGUUCAGCUGUUGCAUGAACGCUCUAUUGAACUCGGGCGUCUGGACAAGCCUGUGGCGCCGGCUCUUGACGAAUACAAUUCUCUCGCUGUCCGUCUGACCGAUCCUUCAUUGCCGCAACUGAAGAUGCGUUCCUACCUCCAUACCUUCGAUCCCUUGAAGGAGAUCCCUGUUAUUUGCUCCGAACUCGCCGAUGUCCAAGCGAAGCUGAAACGCUCAGCGGAAUCCAGCGCAGCUGAAGUCGCUCGCAAACGUAAUGAGCUAGCAACCUUAGAAUCAAGUUUGAACAAGAAGGUGGAAGAGCUGGAUAAACUUGAGCGGGACUUGAGUGAAUCGACGAAACAACUUGAGUAUCUAAAGCGUCAGGCGUUGUCAAAGAAGGAGACACUCAAUCAGUGGAUUACCGAGACCGAUGUGGCUAUCGCGGAGGCUCGUCAGUCAGCUGAUGCACGGCAGCAGUAUUUGAAAAAGCUGCACACCGAUGUUCAACAAACCCAGGAGCGUCUGCAAGGGAAGGCGGAUCGUCGAAGCACGGAGGAGGGCAAGUUCGAGGAGAGCAUGGAGGAGCUGGAGUCGAAGGUAUCCCACCUUGCUAUCCGCACCGAAGACCUCAUCAAAGAAGCCAACCUGCUCGCUGAGAGGGCCUCUGCCUCUCUUCCUCUAUCCUGA